AUGGAGGAAAACCUCGACGAAAGCGCCCUCCGGGAGCUGGAAGACGUCCUGCACACCAAGCUCUACCCCGGAACCGAGAUCAUGAAGGAUGUUGGGACACACCAUUUCGUCAAGUCCGGCCGUGGCAACUCCAACGUCUUGGUCCCUCAACCGAGCGACGAUCCUCAUGACCCCCUCAACUGGAGUCCGAUGUGGAAAGCAAUCACAUUGACGUGCGCGACCAUGCUGUCAUUCAGCCUGAACCUGGGCCCGCUUGCGCUGGCUCCCAUGUUUGGCGUUGCGAUUCUCGUUCUAUGUUUCAGCAACUUCAUCUGGGACCCAUGGCUGGGUCGCGGAAAGCCCAGCAAGUCGCAGUUCAGCCUUUUUCAGCAUUACGAGGGCAAAUUCCUCCGCGAGCUCUGGGUUCCAUGGUACCUCUACAUCUUCCCAAUCGUGGAGCUCGCCGCCUUCGUCGUUUCGUUUUCCGCCAGCGGUUUCCUAGUCGUUAACCUGCCACAGACACAGGCUUUCGCCGCGCCGCCGUACAAAUACUCUUUCCAGACGAUCGGUCUCUUCAACUUGGCCGUGUUGAUUGGGGCGAUAAUUGGAUUGUUCACCAACGGCCCGUGGUCUGAUUGGGUUGCCGCUUACCUGACAAAGAAGAACAACGGGGUCCGCGAGCCCGAGAUGCGUCUUCCAGCAAUGAUCCCCUACGUGCUGAUCAUGAUACUCGGCAGUGUUGUGACAGCUGUUGGAUAUGACUACCACUGGCCCUGGCAGGCAAUCGUGAUUAUCGGCUAUGGGUGUCUCGGCAUGCAAGUAUCGGCACUGCCGUCGAUUGCGUCCACGUAUGCAGUGGAUAGUUAUAAGCCGAUCACUGGCUCCUUAUUCGUCGCCAUCACAGUAAACAAGAAUGUCUGGGGUUAUGGAGUCAGCAAGUUCCUGACCCCCUGGGCUGAAGAGAAAGCGGAUUUGUAG